AUGAAAGCUCUCCUUCUUCUUGCAAUCAGCUAUGUAGUCUAGUGUUGGUGGGAUGUUGGCCACAUGAUGACUGCACAGAUAGCAAAGAAUUACCUAAAAGACAAUCGUCCAGACACCUUGGCUUGGGCUGAUUCGUUGGUCUAAGAUUUGAACUCACUCACUGAUGGGAAGUCUAACACAUUUGCAGAGGCUGCUGUGUGGAUGGACGACAUCAAGGAAACAGGAACUUCAUUUAUGAACGAUUGGCAUUAUACAGACAGACCCAUAAAUCCAGAUGGCUUACUGAUUAAGAUAGAAGAUUAAAACAGAAACAUAAAUUCUAUUUAUGCAAUUAACCAAGCAGUUUCAGUGCUCACUAACUCAAAAACUGCUAGGAAUAGACAUACGGUGUUCAAAGCCUAGAUGUUAAGGGUGCUUCUCCAUGUCAUCGGAGACUUGCAUCAACCAUUACAUGAUACUACAUUUUGGAAUUCAAGUUAUCCAAAUGGUGAUUAAGGUGGAAAUUUCAUGAAAGUGCAGUUGGAGAAUGGAACCUUAGUGAAUUUGCAUUCAUUUUGGGAUGCAGGAGCAUUUGCUUUCAGUCCCAAUAACUCUUUUCUGGUUAGACCUCUGAGUUAAAGUGAUCAGGAAUAUUUAAAUAAGUGGUCUUUAGACGUAAUUAAAAAGUAUCAGUUUACGAAAUAUAUUAAUUUGGACAUGACCAAUCCAUCAGUUUGGACAUAUGUUGGAUAUAGAUAAGCUAUUCAGUUUGUAUACCCAAUGAUUGCUGGAUCAAAUAACUACAACAAGGACUAUGUCAAAUAAGCAUAAGAGUUCUGCGAAGAGAAUUUAGCAAUAGGAGGAUAUCGUUUGGCUUAGAAAUUAAUCGACAUCUAUGACCAAAUACUUUCAAACGAAGCCAAAUUAUCCUUGGUGGAUUGAUUUUUUUGUGAUUUUUUGUAUUUACCUCAUUCUCUUCUGU